CAUAAAAUUCCAUAUUCCACUGAAAGAGGCAACGACAACAAAUCAUAAGACGACAAAACCUUCCCUCACGCAUUGUCGACGACGUUGCCAUGGGCAAAGCAGACCCUCCCCUCUCCCUUCCAAAACUCUCAGCUUUUAAUUGAGCUUUUGAACCCAUUUUUCACUGUCCUGUUAUUCAUAAACCAGACUCCACAGAAAAAAAAAAAAGAAAGAAAGAAAAGGAAAGGCUUUGUUCAAAGUGAGCUUGAAAAGGUUCAAAUCUUGGGAAAUUUUAUGUGCUUUCAUCUGGGUUCUUGAUCAAUUGCAAAACCCAGUAAGGAUUUGGCUCAACCCUUCCUUUUCUGUUGUUCUGAGCCGGUCUUUUGUUUUCUUCUUUCUCUGCUAUAAAUGUUGCACUUUUUUUUUCUUGAAUUAUUACGAAUUGAUGAUAUAUCUAUUACUUUCAUGAACUUGUCUUUUGGAAGAAUUCAUCUUUCAUUUUUUUCCGAAAGACAAUUGGGGGUUGUGUGCUUUUUUUGUUAGAUCCUAUCCCUUCCAUUUGUUAGACCUGUUAAUCCUUUUCUCUUUGGAUAUUUGGUCUGAUGCAUUUGUUAGACUUCUAAAUCCUCAGGUUCUUUUGGCAUUAAAAUACUCUUGAUUCUGGUUUUGUUUCGGUCAAAUCUUGUGAAUAACUGUCUUCUUAUACUUCCAGUUCAUGCAACUUUGAAUAUUGCUGGGAUUUGAUAUUUUCUCUUUAGAACUUUUCUUAGCAUUCAUAGUAUUUGGGCAAUUAUAAUCUUGCUUUGCUUCUUGAUUCCAACAACUUCUGGGCAUUUCCUUUAACAUUAUCAAUGUUCCAAGACGAAUCAUCGUCUGUAACAUCAUCACCUCUCCAAGUGUUCUCCAUGAUGUCACUCUCACCUAACUUAGGAUCACCAUAUCCAUGGCUUAGAGAGCUAAAAUCUGAAGAAAGGGGUUUAUAUUUGAUACAUUUAUUGCUCACUUGUGCUAAUCAUGUAGCAACCGGGAGCCUUGAAAAUGCAAAUAUUGCCCUUGAGCAAAUAUCCCAACUUGCUUCUCCUGAUGGUGAUACUAUGCAACGAAUGGCUGCAUACUUUACUGAGGCGCUUGCUGAUAGAAUCCUCAAAGCCUGGCCUGGUCUUCACAAAGCCCUCAAUUCCACAAGGAUAACUUUGGUUUCAGAAGAAGUCCUUGUUGGGAAACUGUUUUUUGAGAUGUUCCCGUUUUUGAAGGUGGCCUUUGUUCUUACCAACCAAGCCAUAAUCGAAGCAAUGGAGGGUGAGAAAAUGGUUCAUAUAAUUGAUCUCAAUGCAGCUGAACCUGCACAAUGGAUUGCACUUAUUCAAGCUUUGAGUGCAAGGCCAGAAGGGCCACCCCAUUUGAGAAUUACUGGGAUUCAUCAACAGAAAGAGGUCUUGGAUCAAAUGGCUUAUAGAUUGACUGAAGAAGCUGAGAAAUUAGACAUCCCAUUUCAGUUUAAUCCCAUUGUUAGCAAAUUAGAGAAUCUUGACAUUGAGCAGUUGCGUGUUAAAACUGGGGAGGCUCUGGCAAUCAGCUCUGUUCUCCAACUGCACUCCCUUUUGGCUUCUGACGAUGAACUCCUUCGGAAGAAAUCGCUGUUAGCAUCAAAGAAUUUGAAUGGAAUUCACUUGCAAAGAUCCCUCCAAAUGAACCAGAGCACUUUAGGAGAGUUGCUUGAAAAAGAUGUGGUUAAUGGAUAUAGCCCUAGCCCUGAUUCAGGCUCUUCAUCACCGCUGUCCUCAACUUCUUCAGUGAAGGUAGAUAGCUUUCUUAAUGCAUUGUGGGGUUUGUCACCUAAACUCAUGGUGGUAACAGAACAAGAUUCUAAUCAUAAUGGAUCUACUCUAAUGGAGAGGCUAUUAGAAUCUCUUUACUCUUAUGCAGCAUUGUUUGAUUGUUUGGAGUCUACUGUCUCAAGAGCAUCUUUGGAGAGACUUAAAGUGGAGAAGAUGCUGUUUGGUGAGGAAAUAAAGAACAUAAUAGCCUGUGAAGGAGCUGAGAGGAAGGAGAGACAUGAAAAGCUUGAGAAGUGGAUCCAAAGGCUUGAUUUGGCCAGCUUUGGAAACGUUCCUUUGAGUUACUAUGGCAUGUUGCAGGCGAGGAGAUUGCUGCAGGGUUAUAACUGUGAUGGGUAUAAAAUGAAGGAAGAGAAUGGGUGCGUAGUAAUUUGCUGGCAAGAUCGACCGCUAUUCUCAAUAUCAGCUUGGAGGUGUAGGAAGUGAAAUAGGGAAACAUGUACUUUCCUGGUAUCUGAGUUUUUACUUUCAUUUUAUCAAAUGAAAUUGAAAGGAUUUUGUUAAUCUUUUAGUGCAUACCAUUAGAAUGAUUAGAAAGCUGCCGGAUAUGCUCCAUAGUCUUAGGUGAAAUUCCCCUGGAAAUUUUACAUUUAGUUUUUCAUCUAAAGACAAAUCAUGUACAGUUAGUUAUCAUGCUCUCUGUCUCUCUCUCCGCCUGAUGAAAUGAAAGAUUGAUGAGAGGUCCAAAUUUAAAUGAUCAUUGAACCAGGAUGCUUUAAACUAGA